GUGCUGAUGGCCCAGGCUAAGAUCUACUGGAACAGGGAGAACUACCAAAUGGUUGAGAAGAUCUUCCGUAAGUCGGUGGAGUUCUGUAAUGAACACGACACCUGGAAGCUCAACGUGGCUCACGUUCUCUUCAUGCAGGAGAACAAGUACAAGGAAGCCAUCGGCUUCUACCAACCCAUCGUUAAGAAACACUAUGACGACAUCCUGAAUGUCAGUGCUGUUGUGCUGGCUAACCUGUGUGUCUCCUAUAUCAUGACCAGCCAGAACGAAGAGGCUGAAGAACUGAUGAGGAAGAUCGAGAAGGAGGAAGAGCAGAUCUCCUACGACGACCCUGAUAAGAAAGUCUUCCACCUCUGUAUAGUCAACCUGGUUAUAGGGACCCUGUACUGUGCCAAGGGGAACUACGACUUCGGGAUCACCCGUGUCAUCAAGAGUCUGGAACCAUACAACAAGAAGCUGGGAACAGACACCUGGUUCUAUGCUAAGCGCUGUUUCCUGUCUCUGCUGGAGAACACGGCCAAACACAUGAUCAUGAUCAGGGACUCAGUUGUUCAGGAGUGUAUUCAGUUCCUGGAGCACUGUGAAGUGUAUGGUAAGACAGAGCCAGCCAUGAUAGAACAGCCACUGGAGGAGGACAGGAUGCACAUCGGAAAGAACACCGUCACCUACGAGUCUCGCCUCCUCAAAGCUCUCUUCUACGAGGUCAUCGGAUGGAACCAGUGAUGUCAUACUAGAACGGAACACAGCCUGUGAUGUCAUCGCACGGAACCCGGUGAUGUCAUCAGACAGAACCAGUAGUUUACACUGAAGGCUUUUUAAAACCUGUUUUACACCCCAACCAGUUCAAAUCUAUCAACCUGAACCACAUCACAUGAGAUAUUAUAGUACAGUAUAUAUGUGGCUUGUGGUUAUUUUCUGCAUCAUCUGAAAGCUGUUGUUCUGACUUCUGUUCAGCAUAUUCUGGACUCCUCGUCUCACACACAGUCACACACACAGUGGGAGAAGCCAUGAGGCUUCAUUCAUUUCAGCGUGUUUAGUUUAGUUGAGCCUGGGCCCAGAGAACUGUUAGCAGAGAAAAACACCUUUCUACUGAUAUUAUUAUCAUGACACUCAACUAAAAUAUAAACACCACAUGCAACAAUGUAAAAGAUGUUACUGAGUUACAGUUCAUAUGAGGAAAUCAGUCAAUGUAACUGAAUGCAUUAGGCCCUAAUCUAUGGAUUUCACAUGACUGGGAAUACAGACAUGCAUCCGUUGGUCACAAAUAUCUAUAGUUUUUUUAAAACUAGGGUUGUGGAUCAGAACACCAGUCAGUAUCUGGUGUGACCAUCAUGCAGCGCGACACAUCUCCUUCACAUAGAGUUGAUCAGGCUGAUGAUUGUGGAAUGUUGUG